AAAAAAUAACCUGAAGGAAACGAAUGUCACAGUGACGUGUACGAUUUUUUUAUGAUAAAAAAGUUAUUGAUUCCAUUUAUUUUUAUGAAUUAAAACGUAGUAUUUUGUUAUAUUAAAAAUAAUGGCAACUAAAAAUAAAUCUAUAGACAGUACCAAUAAGGGUAAAUUGACUGAAUCUGUGUGGAAAAAAGCAUUUACAGCGAACACAGAAUGGCCAGACAAGGAGGAGUUCCUGGACGUGAUAUAUUGGAUGCGGCAAGCGAUAGGCAUUGUUUUGGGUCUGUGUUGGGGACUGCUGCCUUUGAAAGGAUUCUUGGGUUUGUUACUAUUUGUGGUUGUGAAUGCAGCGGUGAUAUACUUCUACGUAAACAAUUUCCAGAAUGUGGAUGAAGAAGAGUAUGGUGGCAUGUGGGAAAUUACCAAAGAAGGAUUUGUCACUUCUUUUGCUGGAUUCUUGGUAACAUGGAUAAUAGUGUACACAGGGCUGCAUGGAGACACAUUAUGAAAAACAAUGUGACAAUUGGAACAGUGACUAAACAAGUCCUAGUACAAAGUGAGGUACAUAUGUGUGUAGGAUGUGUGCUGUGGACUUAUUGUUUAAGUGUGUUUUAAGUUACAGAUAGGAGUUUCAAGGAAUGUUUACGAAUCAAUAUCUCACGGUUACAACUCACAUAUGAAAUGUAUUAAAAGCACUUUACAUUUAUUGGUGUGGUAUAGGCAUCAAUCCAAAGUAUGAAAUACACUGUGUAUGUUAUUGUGUUAUUCUGGAAUCUAGAUGUCUGAGAAAAUAUUCUUUACUCAAGGCACUACUUCACAACAUGUUGUGUCGGAUGAAUGCUUAUACCACACAAAUGCAGAUUGUAAAUGAACUUACAGUUAUUUAUUGAGUAAUUUUAUUAAUCAUUAAAUUGAAAGAGUAUGAUUUGAGAGAUUUCUUGUUACCAUGGUAAAUGAGUAAAAAAUUCUUUGGUCCAUGCUAAAUCCAACAUUUUAAACAUCUGAACUUAUCGCAAUAGAUAUGGCUAAGCCUUGUAAAUGAUAACAAUAUUCGUUACGUUAUUUUGAAUCUGGUGCAUGAACAUUAAUUGAAUAGGCAAAAUUUGGAUGAUUGUCCGAGAUAGAAGUGCUUGAGUCAUUGCCGUAUGCUUCAUAGUUAUAGGAAAAUUCUGUCAGGUCAAUGUUGCUUUUAAGUAUAGGGUGAACAGAUGCGAAUAAUUUUGACAAGCAUUUCUGAUGUCUGAUGUAAUGGUUAAAAGCUUAAUAUGAUAUUUUUUCAAGAAAGAUUCAUGUUAAUUGAGUAAACUUUUGGAUUUAACACUCAGGGCCACUUGCACAUUCUACAUCAUUUCAAAACCCAGCCUUGGUCUUGUUGGCAACAAAAUUUUAUGUUACUCAUUAAACGAAAAAUGAGUUUUAAAGAUUUCAUCUUUGAGGAUAUAUAAAAGCGCCAAUAAUGGAAGCAGAGCAAAUCACAAUGGUGCUUUGCUCUGCAUAAUGAUGCAAAAUGAUAAUCCAAUACCCUUUAUUCUACAUUGCAUUAAAUUUUAUUUAUUUUUAUAAGUAAGCAGAUAACAGAUUUAUCUUAGAUUGUUAAAAUAUUGAGUUAUACAAUUAUGGCGAGACAAUUUAUAAAAAUUUGCCCAGCUCUAAAAAUGAGAUAUCUUAAGUAAAGUUUGUUUUAGCUUGUGUUUUCAAAGGUGUGUGCGAACAUGUAAAUAUAUUCCUGUUUGUAUAUUCAAAUGUAUUUAGUUCAAUGAGUGUCAAGUUUUGCAUUUCAACUUUAUUAUAAGUAAAGUAUGUUUGUUAAGUUUUAUUGUUUCCUCUGAGGAAUGUACUAUGAUGAUGUAGUCCUGUUUUCUUAUAACAAAACUUUUAAUUUUCAAGUAUCAAGGAUGUUUUGGUUACUCAAAAAUAUUUAUAGUGUAUAAAAAUUGGCUGAAAUAAAAUUGUUUAUUAAAAAGUUCUUUGCUUGAAAAUGACACAGAUAUCAAUUACGCAGAUACUAUAUGUACGUAUGGAGAUUUACUCUGCAGUAAUCUAGAUCAUUCAAUUAAAUAAGGACUAAUUGUUGAACUUUUUAAAUUGACUAGAAUAUCAUAUAUUUGAACUAAAGUUGGAGCAAAUCUGCGACCUUAUAUUCACUUCAAGACUAUGUUUUCAAUCAAUAUAAUGUAAUCAUUUUCAAUGUUAUUUGUUUAUGAAUUUGCAGUUAAAUUAUUAUUUUGAUCAAAUAUUAUGAUGGUUGGUUUAAUAAAGUUUUUAUAACUUUCA